ACGACAUGGAAGUAGAUUUUUAACAAAAUUAAGUGUAAAUUAAUCAGAUAAACCUCUGUCGCUAUGUCUAAAUUACGGCAACUAUUAAAACUCUCCUAUUGUCGGUAUUAUAGUGCCCAGGCAAAGAAGAAGCUACCUAUUAUAUCUUGUAAACGAGCUGAGUUUAAUCAUUACGAGGGCCAAAGUUAUAGCAAGUUUGAAGGUGUAAAACUCGCUUCACAGGGCUGGUUGAAUGCAAAAUCAAAAAAUGAUUAUUUUAUUAUUUAUGGAAAUGCUAAUAAAAAAGAAGAAAAAGAGGUUUAUAAGAAGAGUUUCGAAGAGAUUGGACUUUGUGAAGAAUUAAAAGAGGUUAUGUUACACUUAGGUUACUCUUUACCUACCGCUAUUCAGGCUAAGUCGUUUCCCUCUAUUAUGCAAGGGUAUAACACAGUAAUGACGGCUGAAACAGGCUGUGGGAAGACUCUGGCGUACUUGUUACCGGUUCUACAACAUAUAAUGGAAUGGAAGGCUCAUGUUCCGGAAGAGUUUAAUAGUCCUAUGGCUGUGGUUAUAACACCCAGUAGAGAAUUAGCAACACAAAUAGGAGAAGUGGCUCAAAAGUUAACAGAGAAUUUGAACAUAAAUGUCUCAACACUCAUUGGUGGCAAAACAAAAAAAAAGUUGCUAGAUCCUCCGGUGGAGUACUGUGAUCUACUUGUAACCACACUUGGUGCUUAUAGCAAGCUGGUUACGACUGGUAUUUUCAAAGUACACAAUGUACACCAUAUUAUUCUGGAUGAAGCAGAUACAUUGUUAGAUGAUAGCUUUAUUGAUAAAUUGGCUAACUUGAUGAAAAAAUUUGCAAUUCAGUUUAAAGUGGAAAUUAAGACACCUCCAAAAGGAUGUCAAGUAACAUUGGUUAGUGCCACUCUGCCCCAUGAACUACCGGAAGCAGUCAACUCCUUCAUGGACCCUCAGUCACUACGCACUGUAACUACUAGUAAUAUACACAAGUUAUUACCACAUGUGCCCCAUAAAUUUUUUCGACUUGGCAAGGCUCAGAAGCCAAUGGAACUUUUAAAGUUAGUACAAACAGAUGUUAAUUUAAAACGACCUGUCAUGAUAUUCUCAAACAAAACGUCGACGUGCGAUUUCGUUUCCAUGUUUCUUAAUGAGAAUAAUGUCGAAUGCAUAAACAUUAAUGGUCAAAUGGCGGUACCGUUGAAGCAGGGACAGCUCGACUUGUAUAAAAAUGGCCAAGUGAAUGUUUUAUCGUGUACAGAUAUUGCAUCACGUGGUCUCGAUAUAUUAAGGACACGUCACAUAAUAAAUUACGACUUUCCUCUAUACACUGCGGAUUACAUACAUCGCUGUGGGAGAACUGGCAGGCUCGGCUCUGACGUCGACUGUUACGUUACAAACUUCAUAGCUUGGCCAAGGGAGAUACAAGUCGUACAGAAAAUCGAGAUGUCUGUCAGGAGAAACAAUGAACUACCAAACGUCAAUGCGAAUAUUAGACGGCAAAUUGAAGCUAGGAUAGCAAAUAUGGCCUCGAAAGGCCUUUAGUAAAUAAUAUGACAUUGUUUAGUCGUCAGUUGUAAUAUACGUCUACACAUAAA